AUGAAAUCCUGCAGUGCAUCGCGCCACACUGCGCAUGCGCGACCUGCCACGGCGCCGCUCUCCCGCUCGAGGAGCGUACGCGUCUGCGCCAACACCGAGGGCGUUCAGGACCUUUUAGCGCGCGAUCGCAAGCGCAAACAGGUUGAGCUGGCACCUGAGCUGCAGGAUCCAGUGCCGCAGCUGCCGGGGCGCGAGGAAGCAGACGCCGCGGAGGACGAUGCAGCGGCUGGCAGCGGCAAGGGGCGGCGUGCGGGGCGCUUCAAGUCGCGCUCGCAGCGGCGGCGCGACAUGGCGGCCAACGAGGCCGCUGCGGGCAGCAGCGGACCCAAGCGCUGCAAGGAGGCUAUCGACGCAGGGCUGAUCCAGUUUCAGCAGCGGCAGUACCAGGCGGCCAUCGACCUGUUCAACUUAGCCCUGGAGCUGCCAGGCAACGGCGCGUACCGCCUGCCAGGGUCGCCGCGGGAAUACCUCUGCCCUUCAGACGCCGAGGAGAACGCUGCCCUGUACAACAUGGCGUGCUGCUACGCGCAGAUGGGGCAGGCCGAGGCGGCGCUGACCUGCCUCGAGGGGGUCCUGGAGAACGGAUUUGAGGACGUCGAGACGCUGCUGUCGGACCCUGACCUGGCGCCGAUUGGGAGGCAGCAGCUGCAGCAGGCCGUUGACAAGUGA